UUACUGGAAGAGAUGGAGCAGGAAGCUGUAGUGUUACAGGAAGAGAUGGAGCAGGAAGCUGUAGUGUUACAGGAAGAGAUGGAGCAGGAAGCUGUGGUGUUACAGGAAGAGACGGAGCAGGAAGCUGUAGUGUUACAGGAAGAGAUGGAGCAGGAAGCUGUGGUGUUACAGGAAGAGAUGGAGCAGGAAGCUGUAGUGUUACAGGAAGAGAUGGAGCAGGAAGCUGUAGUGUUACAGGAAGAGAUGGAGCAGAAAGCUGUGGUGUUACAGGAAGAGAUGGAGCAGGAAGCUGUGGUGUUACAGGAAGCACAGCAGGAAGCUGUGGUGUUACAGGAAGAGACGGAGCAGGAAGCUGUGGUGUUACAGGAAGAGAUGGAGCAGGAAGCUGUGGUGUUACAGGAAGAGACGGAGCAGGAAGCUGUGGUGUUACAGGAAGAGAUGGAGCAGGAAGCUGUGGUGUUACAGGAAGAGAUGGAGCAGGAAGCUGUGGUGUUACAGGAAGAGAUGGAGCAGGAAGCUGUAGUGUUACAGGAAGAGAUGGAGCAGAAAGCUGUGGUGUUACAGGAAGAGAUGGAGCAGGAAGCUGUGGUGUUACAGGAAGAGAUGGAGCAGGAAGCUGUGGUGUUACAGGAAGAGAUGGAGCAGGAAGCUGUAGUGUUACAGGAAGAGAUGGAGCAGGAAGCUGUGGUGUUACAGGAAGAGAUGGAGCAGGAAGCUGUAGUGUUACAGGAAGCACAGCAGGAAGAGGUAGUGGGAGAAAAGGAGGUGGAGAAGAAGGAGAAAAGAAGAAGAGUGACUGUGACAAUUGAGCUCUUGUUGGAGAAGAGUAGCUCCCUCUUCCUCCCCCCUUCACCUCCCUCCUCAUCUACCUCACCUUCCUGUCUCAACCGCCCCCUCACCCCCAUCACCCAUCAUCAUUAAGAAAACUUCAAUCUAUCAUAUUUCAGUAAGGGGUUUCUCCUGGUGUUCAGGUUUCUCCAACAAAAUAUAUAUUAAAAUAAAUAAAAUAAAACUUAAUUAAAAAUAAAAUAAACAGUCAAAUAAAAUGUCAAUACGUCUGCCUCUCUGAAUAAAUGUAUACAGUAUAAAUACAACUAUAUGACAUUAUGGUGGCUAUAAAGUAGAAGUACUGGUAUCUGUUUAAGUUGUGAUUUCAACAACACUGAAGCUGAUCAGUAAAAGGAUUAAUGUUACGUAAUUAAAGAUGCUCCAGAUAGUGUUUUAGACGCUGGUUAACAACAUGAGACGGUUCUGUAAUAAACAAUGAUAUUUUGCAGUAAAAACCAUGUGACCUUCAUGACUGACGGGCUCAUGAUGAAAUGCAUAUGACAAAUAAACUUGAAAC